AUGACACAAAACAAGGACAAAGUCUGCGAUGCAAAGAAUGCUUCAGAGAUGAAGAAUGAAGACAACGGUCUGUAUGAUGGUGGUCUAUCAGACCACAUGUUGUUUGACGACGGAAUCUGUGGGGGUGUCGCUCCCUACUAUUGCAAUGUCGAUGCAAUGGACAAGCAGAAAUGGCACUGUGCUGAUAAGAACGGUGGGAAUGGCGCCACUUGUACAGGAGUGAGCCUUGGCAACGUGGAUGACCCUUGGACGAUCUGCAACACGGGAUUCGAGAAGAAUAAUAUCGUCACAUCUGUUCGCGAAUUGUACAGGAGCCUCGUGGCGUGGCGCGUUCCUGGAGGCGCGGAAGAUCCACUUCUCGCUAGAAAUGCCAGGAACAAACAAGCGACGGCGCACGAUGAUAGGCGCUGA